CUCACACGCUCACCUACAUGAUGAUGUUGAGUGGUACCAAAUCUCCUUUGAGAAAAACCACUUCACUUCUCUCAAAAAACCAGUCCCAUCCUUCCAUGGAUCAACACCAUCAUCUUCCUCGUCAGCAAAGCACGGGUUUCCUCGGUCGCAGGACGAGCCGGAGAUCGCCUCAUACGGCGGAGUUAUUCCCGACGUCGCCCGAGGUUCCUCCUAUGGAGGAUGGGAUCUUCCAUUUGACUCACCCCCAGCACCCGAUCAUGCAGACCAGCUUGCCGGACCUCUUCACAUGCGGCGCAUGCAAGGAGUACGGUGCUGGCGAACGGUUCUCAUGCACCAAGUGUGACUAUCAGCUCCAUGAUUUUUGUGCUCUGGCUCCUGCAACUCUUAGGAGACAUCCCAUUCACCCUCUUCACAACAUCGUUUUCAUCACUAAAUCUGUCAAAGGUGGAAUAUUGAAAUCUCGGUGCGAUAUCUGUGCCAAGCCCACCAAAGGCUGCGUUUUCAAAUGCAAUGCCUGCACAUUCCAAAUGCACCCAUGCUGCGCCAUGUUGUCAACCCAAAUCAACAUCUCGGUCCACCCGCACACGCUCCGGCUCUUGCCGGGCCUCUCGCCGAGCUCGGAUCCCACCGGCAUCGCGUGCGGCGAGUGCAACCGUCGCAGGUCGGGUCGGGUGUACCACUGCACCGUCUGCGAUUACCAUCUCCACGCGGUGUGUGCCAAGAACAUGGUGAAUGGACUCGAAGCCAAUGGGAUCAAAGGGUUGGACAAACCGAGCAGGGUCGCGACCGCCGCGAGGGUCGCUUCGCAAGUGGUGAUCGAGUUCAUCGGCGGGCUGAUCGAAGGGAUCGGAGAAGGCGUCGGGCAGGUGAUCAUUCAAUCAGCCACGAGAGGAAGAUGAUUGGAGCUCUGGGUUUAUAGUUUGAAGAUGGGAGGUGUUGCAGCUAUUCAUAUAUGACUUGAUUGUCUCAAGAAUUGUUAUAAUAUUUGAAGUAUGGUUUUUGGUAAAUUAUUUUGUAUAUUCAAU